AUGGACUUCAAUAACAAAGUUGUUGUAAUUACCGGUGCCAGCUCUGGCAUCGGCGCCGAGUGUGCCCUGCUGUUCGCGAAGGCAUCCGCCAAGCUCGCGCUGGUCGGAAGAAACGUUGGCAACCUGAUGAAAGUCGCGAACUCGUGCAAAGAUUUCACAUCGGAACCUUUGGUCAUUGCCGCGGAUCUAUGUGUGCAGGACGACGUUAAGCAGAUUGUCAACAAAACUCUCGCCCAUUUCGGAAGGCUUGAUGUGCUAGUGAACAACGCGGGGAUCAUGGUUCUGAGAAGUAUCGAAGCCGGCAUCGACGCAUUCGAGGAAGUCGUACGAACAAACCUGUGGGGGCUUUUUCUUUUGACGGACCUGGCCAUGUCGCAUUUGAUCCAAGCCAAAGGAAACGUCGUUAACAUAUCUAGCAUGCUGUCUUCCAUGCCUGUGUCCAUGAUGACGGCUUAUUGCAUGUCUAAAGCGGCGGUGGAUAUGUUCACUAAAUGCGCCGCCGUUGAGUUUGGGCCCAAAGGUGUUCGAGUCAACGCUGUGAAUCCCGGGCCAGUGAAGACGGCAUUAAUGAAAAAUGCGGGACUUAAUGAAGAAGCUAACGACUUAUUUUAUUCCACACUGGAGUCGGCGAGUCCUUUAGGAAAAGUAGCAUGCGGCAAAGAUGUAGCCGAGGUCGUGUUGUUUUUGGCGAGUGAUAAAGCGUCCUGUGUCACUGGAAGUUGCUAUCAAAUCGAUUGCGGAGCAAGUAUUAGGGAACUAAGUAUGCUUUAA